GUAAGCAAGCGGAGAGGUGCAUUGCUGUGAGCGGCGUCUGUAAGCAAGCGGAAGCGGAGAGGUGCAUUGCUGUGAGCGGCGUCUGUAAGCAAGCGGAGAGGUGCAUUGCUGUGAGCGGCGUCUGUAAGCAAGCGGAGAGACACCUCUUGCUAAUUCUCCUGCAGCUAUCUGGUCCCUCAGGCUUCCUGUGACUCUCUUUUCUCCACUUUUCUUCCUGCCAUAGGAGUGUUUGGACAGCAGAGGGAUGAACAGCCAGUACAUGCGCAGGGAAGUCUUCUGCUGCGAGACCUGUGAUGAGCUCAAAAGCUUCUGGGAAAAGGAAAUUCGCAAACAGACGUGUUACCGAGAACUGGAAGAAGAUCGCCAGGAGAGGAGCGCUCUGAGGAAGCUUAGAGAAGAAUGGAAGCAGAGGCUGGAGAAGAGGCUGAGAAUGCUGGACCACCCUGACGACAAGGGAGAGCAGGCUAACCCCGAGAACUGAGAGCUCCUGGCAGACCAUCAAGGACGUCGUUUUCUCUAGGAGAGAAAGGACUUCCACCAGUUACACUCACAAAGCCGAGCCUCCCCGUCUGCUCUCCCAUCUGAGAAAGGAAUUACGUGUAAACCCCAUGCUGUGCUAACGGGAACAGUUAUCCUGCUCAUCCCUCUUCACACAGAGGACAGGGUGACUGCAGGGGUGGGAUGCUUGGAUUGUUUAAAAUAAAAAGCUCUUUGAAUUAGCACCCCUCUCCAGAUCUUGAAGGUCCAUGUACUAUAAGUUGGUUUUGUAUUCUCCCCUCAUCUUGAAAUUUAAUGCUCUCUUUGAACUUAUUUGAGGCACUGACCUUGAUGAAAUCUGGCUCCCUACAUCUCCAGAAAUUGGUCACAGCAUCUUUGUUUCCUUUUCCCCUUUUUUGUGCAUACAGAGAUGCCACAGCCUGCAGAAAUAAAAUUAUUAUGAAUUUUGAAAGUUUAACCAUAUGAUCUGAAAG